GCGGUGAACAUACGGUGAUCUUUGAGGAUAUAACCUAACCCCAUCCUUGAGGAUAUAAGGCAGGGCUGCUUCAUCACUUUGGUUUCAGCCCAUCCCUGCAAAACCGCUCAUCCUUGGACAAGUAUGGCCGACGACGCCUCCUCUCUCACUUUCCUCUCUUCUCUUCUUUUCCCUCUCCUCGUCCUGUUGCUCGCAUCCCUGUCACGGCGAUGGCUGAAGAGUGCUCGCAAGAAUCCCCCGCCGAGCCCCCCAUCGUUCCCCUUCAUCGGCCACCUCCACCUCAUCGCCAAGCCCCCGCUCCACCGCGCCCUCGCUGCCAUCGCUGCCGCCCGCGGCCCGGUCGUACUCCUCCGCCUCGGAUCCCGCCCCGUCCUCCUCGUCUCCUCCGCUCCCGCCGCGGAAGAGUGCUUCACCGCCCACGACCUUGCCUUCGCCAACCGCCCCCGCCUACUCGCCGCUCAGAUCCUAGGCUACGGCUGCACAACCAUCGCCUGGUCCCCCUACGGUCCCCACUGGCGCAACCUCCGCCGCAUAUCCGCCGUCCACCUCUUAUCCACGGGCGCCCUCCGCUCGUCCUCCGACUCACGGACUGGCGCGGUCCGGUCGCUCGCGAAGUCCCUCUUCCUUGAGGGCGGCGAUUCGGGGCCGGCCGGCCCGCGGCGGGUGGAGAUGAAGUCGAGGUUCUUCAAUCUCGCGUACGACGUGAUGAUGGGGGUGGUGGCCACGGCCAUCGAGGGGGAGUCCGCGGACGAGAGGCAGCGAUUCCGGGAGGUGGUGGAGGAGACGUUUGCGGUGAGCGGGGCGGUAAACGUGGCGGACUUCUUUCCGGCGCUGCGGAGGCUGGGCUGGCGUGGGCAUGAGAGGAAGCUCGCGAGUCUCCAGCAUAGGAGGGACGCGUUAAUCGGGGAACUGAUCGAGCGUCAUCGCGUCCGCCGCCGUCAGAGUUGCCGCAACCGAGAGGCGGCGGCGGCGGCGGGGAAAGGAGACGAGGGGAGGACAACGGUGAUCGACGUUAUGUUGUCCUUGCAGGAAAGCGAGCCGGAAACGUACACCGACGUCACAAUUAAGGGCCUUAUCGUGUCACUAUUGGCAGCUGGAACAGACACGUCGGCCGUCACCAUGGAAUGGGCCAUGUGCCUCCUGCUCAACCACCCUGAAGUCCUGCACGCGGUGGGGGCCGAGCUCGAUGCCAAGAUCGGCCAAGGGCGCAUGGCGGAAGAAGAAGACAUCCCCGAUCUCCCAUACCUCAACUGCAUCAUCAAUGAGACCCUCCGGCUGUACCCCGCCGGGCCGCUCCUGGUGCCCCAUGAGUCUUCCCAGGACUGCACCGUCGGUGGCUACGACGUGCCUCGCGGCACGAUGCUGUUGGUGAACGCGUGGGCCAUCCACAGGGACCCUAACACCUGGGACGAGCCCCAAGAGUUCAAGCCGGAGAGGUUCCAGUGCGAGUUAGGGAAGGAGGAGGCAGGGCUUAGGAUGCUUCCGUUCGGGUCCGGGCGGCGCAAGUGCCCCGGGGAAGGCCUCGCCAUGCGGGUGAUUGGGCUGGCACUCGCGACCUUGAUCCACUGUUUCGAGUGGGAGAAGCUUCCGGGGGAGGAGGUGGACAUGACUGAAGGGCGGGGGCUCACCAUGCCCAAAGCAAAGCCACUGGAAGCCAUGUGCACGCCACGCCACACCAUGCUUGAUGCCCUUUCACAGCUCUGAGAGAUUGGGAUACUGGCAAUGUAAUAAUAGGUCGGGUAUGAUCUUUACAUAAAAGUGUCGUAUGCAGACGAUUAGUCAUAUCUCAAGCAGACUAAUUAAUCCUAGUGUAGUUCAAAGCCUA